GAAAUAUUCAGUUGGAAAUAAGUUGUUAUUAUAAUCAAAUAAAUAUCUUUAGAUUGUUAAUCAGACACUUAACUGAGUCUAAUUCACCAAUGUUUUGAGAAAAAAAAUAAUACAUGAAAUUGUUAGCCAUUGAUCAUGUUUCAUUGGUAAUUUGAACUAUAAUUGAUUAUCUUUGUGCAUUGCAAAAUAGUUUUUGGUUAAUCAUUUUCAGUGGUUCAGAGGCAUGAGUAUGGUUAAACAUUUCCGUUCACAAUAUUAAUGGUUCCAUUUGUGUUUCUCACCAACGCAACAGAUUACCAAUUAUCCUGAAAGAAUCAUAAAAGAUAAAAAGACAAAGUGUUAAAUUAAGUCAACAUCAUGGUCGCCACUGGAGCUUUGAUUGGUUUACUUGGUACCAAGUUGAGGUACCUUGGUAAAAUUAAACCGACAACAAUUGACAAUACAAUUUUCAAAUUGCAUUACCGAUGGACAACAAAUAUGUUACUUGUGGCCAGUAUUGUGGUUACAUGUACCCAGUUCUUUGGUGAUCCAAUCACCUGUGUUAAAAGUGAAAGAUUCGUCAAUCCGGCCAUCAUUAACAAUUAUUGCUGGAUAGAAGGAACCUUUACCAUACCACAAGCUUUAACCAAAGUACCAGGAACCGAGGUGGCUUUACCAGGUAUCGAGAAAACACCAACCGAUGCAACAGAUUUGCUAGUUCACAAAUAUUACCAAUGGGUUUGGUGGGUUUUGUUUCUUCAAGCUCUAGCUUUUUACUGCACACGGAUUAUUUGGAAGAAUUGGGAAAACGGAAUAGUUGCAAAAUUAAUAACAAACCUUAAUCGAGCUCUAAUCGAUGAGGCUGAAAAGAAACAAAACUCUCAUUUUCUGGUUAAUUUUCUGAGAGAUCGCAAAGGGCACCUUAAUCAUUAUGCCCUCAAAUUUUUAUUCUGUGAGAUAUUCAAUUUGUUCCAUGUGAUUAUUGAAAUUGUUAUCACGGAUACCUUUUUGGGUGGCUAUUUUCUCGAUUAUGGUUACUUAGUGAUGGCCUAUUCUGGAGAUAUUGAAGACAUAAAUCCAAUGACCAAAGUGUUUCCCAAAAUGACCAAAUGUACUUUCCGUGUUUAUGGUUCUUCUGGUGAUAUCCAAAUUUACGAUAACUUUUGCCUGCUUCCAUUGAACAUUAUCAAUGAAAAAAUUUAUCUUUUCCUGUGGAUAUGGUUCAUAUUUUUAACCUUUGCUUCUUGUCUAUCUGUUAUUCAUAGACUUGUUUCAUUCAUCUAUCCACCAUUUAGACAGAAAUUACUUCAGUAUCUCGGUCGUCGAGCCAGUGCACAGACCCAUGUAACCCUGAUUGAAUCGCUUUCCUAUGGUGACUGGUUCCUGCUCUAUUUGAUUGGACAAAACAUUGAACAAUCACAUUUAGGCGAAGUUCUAGAAUUAUUUGCUCUACAAUUGGAUGAAGAAGCAUAUGAAGCCGCUGAAGCCCCUAAAGCUAAAAAGCUAUCAGAAUCAUCAAUCUAAAUUAAGAGCCGAUAAAGACUAAAAUGACUGCAGACAAUCAUGACAAUCACCAUAAUAUCGUCAUUUAAUAACUUAUUAAUUAUACAAAUUUAUUCACAGCCUUUUGUUGACGCAUAAUCUGGUGAUGGUAAUUAUAUAUUUUUAAUCAAUCAAACCUUUUCAAGAUUCACUCUAAAAUCUUCUUGAUGCACAUGGUUUUCACAAGCAUGACAAAACAAUUCUCAUGUUUUACCCAUUUUUAUUGAAAUUAAAUGUCAUCAAUUUACACUAUCCAUGCACACUUAUAAUCAAAGAAUCUUUUACUCAAUAUCAGAUUAGCAAUAGUUGUACCAGAAAUUGUGAAUUGUAAUUCAUGUUAACUCAUAAUAAACAAACAUUAAGACAAGACAA